ACAAAAUAAAACAGCUGAUGGAGGAAAUCCCCAUUUGUUCUUGACAGCUUUUAUGUGUGUAACGUGAAUCAUCUGAGCAGUCUGACUCAGAGGAAAGACGUGUUGUUGGAACAAAUGGCAGCGCCAUCUACAGGCCAUCCGGUGACAGUAACUGUUGGAACCGCGUGGAGGCUUCAGCUGGUCCGUCCACCACCAACACCCCCAAGACUGUUAGCUACAGCUACAGUGAUACAGGUCGUCCUCACGGCGGCUCGAGUGAUCUUCGGUCUUGUGUAUUUCCAGGACUGUCCUCAGCAGCCGAACAUCCCUAAAUAUCUUCUAGGAAUAGCUCUGUUCCCCCUGCUGGCUGCGCUUCUGACGAAAGAUGCUGCCCGACCACAAGAGCGUCCCAGUUGCCUCAAAGCCUGUUUGCGGUGCUUUCUGUGCCUGUUUAUGUUUGCUUGGCUCCUAUUAGGUGCCGUGUGGGUUUUUGCCGUCUACCAGCCAAACUAUGACCCCUUCGCUGCUGACGGCCUCUACUGUAAUAAAACGCUGUACACGUUUGCUUUCUGGAACGCCGUACUGGAGACUUUUGGGUUUGUCGCCAUCCUGGCUAAACUCUGCAAAGGACUGGUGUGUUAUGUGAACUUGAGUCCAGUGGACGCAGAUUUUUACAGGAAUGUCUGAGGUUCCGUUUGACUGCUUGCAAAGAAACUAUAAAAUGUUAUUGAUGUUAAAAAAAAGUCUAAAAUACACUUUAGUAAAAAUGGUUGUAUAACUUUGACUGACAAAGAAAAAAAACAUCCUUGCUUUUAGUCUUUUGUGAUUGUUAUAUUUAUCUAUUGAGUAAAGAACAGAAAACAUGACAAAAAUACUUUUUAAUUUUUUUAAGAAAACUGUAUUGCUGUCACAUGUCAUCCUCACAUGCUGCAUCCUGAAGUUUUAAAAUUCAGGCUCUGCAGCCAGAUGACAAACACAGAGUUGAUCUGGUUUCUCAUUAAAAAGAUUCUCCCUGUAUGUUUUCAGCAACCUGAAAUUUUAUAUUUGCAACUGUCUGUUACAUCCAUACUCUACAUAUGCAGGUCAGUAGAACAAUGUCACCUUUGUGAUCUUGUAAAUAAUCAAUGCAACCUUUAUUGAACAAUUGAAAUAUUGAAGGAGUUUGAUAAAUCUUGCUUAAUGAAGGUUUUUGACUUUCAAUGCCGUCCAUCCAUCCAUCUGUCCCGUCUUGUCAUUUUCUCUGCACCUGUUGAUUCCUAAUAAUUCAAAAAUCUGAGCCUUUUUUUGGGAAUUGUGUUGGAUUUAGCUGAACAUUUUUCUAUCUUAA